CCAAACCUCAUACGCUUAGACCACCUAAGCUCUUCCUCCCGUACGUUGCCGUCAAAGAGCUUCCAUCUCAAGACUUCCUUCAACCUAACAAGUUAAAACGACAUCGUAUCAACAUUCCCUCUACCACCCUCUCUCUCGCAUCCCCUCAUCAUAUGCAUAUAUAUGUAUACAGAGACACGACAAAAACAAGCAGAUUGGUAAAAUACAUUUGUUUUUUUUUUCUUUAAGGCAGGGAGGAGAGGAGGCAAGGUAUAUAAGCAAUGGAGAUUCAGCGGCCGCGGCAGCCAUGGGUUCUAGUCUUGUCGGUUUUCGCGGUGGUUUGUCUCCUUCCGACCACCGUUCACUCAAUGGUUCGACAUUACAAGUUCAAUGUGGUGAUGAAGAACACGACCAAGCUGUGCUCUUCGAAGCCCAUCGUCACCGUCAACGGUAUGUUCCCUGGCCCCACCAUCGUCGCUAGAGAGGACGACACCGUUUUGGUCAAAGUGGUCAACCACGUCAAGUACAAUCUCUCCAUUCACUGGCAUGGAAUAAGGCAACUGAGGACGGGUUGGGCGGACGGACCGGCUUAUAUAACGCAAUGUCCGAUUCAGACGGGACAGAGUUACACAUACAAUUUCACUCUCGCGGGACAAAGAGGGACCUUGUGGUGGCACGCCCAUAUUCUCUGGCUCCGAGCCACCGUCCACGGCGCCAUUGUCAUCUUGCCCAAGCUCGGUGUUCCUUACCCUUUCCCUCAGCCCCACAAAGAAAAGAUCAUCGUUCUUGGGGAAUGGUGGAAAUCGGACGUGGAAGCAGUGAUAAACGAGGCUACGCGAUCUGGAUUGGCUCCUAACGUCUCUGACGCUCAUACCAUCAACGGCCAUACUGGACCCCUCCCUAAUUGCCCCUCCCAACAGGGUUAUGGCUUGCCAGUGAAACCGGGGAAGACAUACAUGCUGAGGAUCGUUAACGCGGCGUUAAACGAAGAGCUCUUCUUCAAGAUCGCGGGUCACGAGUUAACGGUGGUCGAAGUUGACGCCGUUUACACCAAACCCUUCAAAACAGACACCGUCGUUAUCGCCCCAGGCCAAACCACUAACGUCCUCUUAACGGCAAACGCUUACGCUGGCUCCAACUACAUGGUCGCUGCCACCACCUACAUGGACGCUCCCAUCGCCUUUGACAACGUCACCGCCACCGCCACUCUCCACUACGUCGGCCCCACAACCGCAAACGCAAAUGCAGCCGCCAAAACCGUCCUCGCGACGCUACCGCCGCAAAACGCGACGUGGGUGGCGACCAAAUUCAUCAAAUCGCUCCGGAGCUUGAACUCCGAGGAAUAUCCGGCGAGGGUUCCGAUGAAUGUCGACCACUCUCUGUUCUUCACGGUCGGUCUCGGCGUUAACCCUUGCCGGAGCUGCGUCAACGGGAGCAGAGUCGUGGCCGACAUCAACAACGUAACGUUCGUGAUGCCCAAAAUCGCUCUGCUUCAGGCCCAUUUCUUCAACCUACCCGGCGUCUUCACCGACGAUUUUCCGGCGAGACCCUCGCAUCCGUACAAUUACACCGGGACCCAGCCUGCGAAUCCGGCGACGAUGAAGGGGACAAGGCUUUACAGGCUACCGUACAACGCGAGGGUGGAGAUUGUGUUGCAGGACACAGGGAUGAUAACGCCGGAGAAUCACCCGAUCCAUCUGCACGGAUUCAAUUUCUUCGAGGUCGGUAGAGGACUGGGGAAUUUCAAUCAGAAGAAGGAUCCGAAGAAGUUCAAUCUGGUGGAUCCGGUAGAGAGGAACACCGUCGGAGUGCCCGCCGGUGGUUGGGUGGCCAUCAGAUUCACCGCCGACAAUCCAGGGGUAUGGUUCAUGCACUGUCAUCUGGAGAUCCACACGACAUGGGGGCUUAAGAUGGCUUUUGUGGUCGACAAUGGCGAUGGCCCCAACCACUCCCUCCUUCCCCCUCCCGCCGAUCUUCCCAAAUGCUGAUUUUUUUUCCCUUUUUUUCUUUUACAAUUUUUUGUAUUCUCUCCAGCUUGAGAAAAUUUUCCUUGGAAGCUUAAUUGCUGUGUAUGUAAUAUGAGAACAAAAAAGAAAAAAGAAAUAGUGUUUAUAA